CGCGCCUCUGCUGCACUCGAAGUUCUUCGUUCUUCUCCUUCUUACAAGCUUCCAGUUCCAACCACACCUUUCUCUGUUCGUGUGUUUUUUCCUCUAUUUCUGCCCUUCUGUUCAUUCGUUCCAGUGAGCUCUUAUGUACCAGAUAGAGUCGAGGAUUCUCUCGGCAAUCUCGGAAUAUCUUGCGAGGAAGAUAUCGCUGGAAGUAGGAUUAUUGAAAGUUCAUGGGGAUGAUUAAAACGCUAGAAAUUACGGGCUGUGGAGCUUUGAAAUUGAAGUUGCAAGAUUUCUGCUAUUGGAAUAACUCAGGCGAGGCCGAAGAACAGGUGGUCGAGGAGAAACAAAGAAGCCCAUUUCGAUCGAGUCGCAUUUAUGGUUUUGAUAUGAUUAAACACCGAUUCUCGUUGCCUAAUUCAGGAUACAAACACUGUGCACAGGAACCCACUACAUAAAGAACUAUCAGUCUCAGUAUGAGAUUUCUUCCAUGUAAAUGGAGACGGAUUUCCUUGUUUAGGCCUUCAUUCCAAGCUUGUUGUCCUUUGUAUUCUGCAACUACAACUUCUCCCAAGUAUUACUUUGAUGAAGUUGAAAUUGAGAAAAAGGAAAUUGAUUUCAACCGACUAUUCCCUGUCUGCAAAAAAGUGCACCUUGCUAAGCGACUUCAUGCACUACUUGUGGUGUCUGGGAAGGUUCAGAGCAUCUUUCUUUCUGCUAAACUCAUCAAUCUUUAUGCUUUUCUUGGUGAUGUAUCGUUCGCUCGCCGUACUUUUGACCAAAUUCAGGCAAAAGAUGUCUACACAUGGAAUUCUAUGAUAUCUGCUUAUGCUCGCAUUGGUCACUUCCAUGAAGCUGUAGAUUGUUUCCAUGAAUUUAUGUCAACCUCUAUCCUUCAGCCUGAUUAUUACACAUUUCCUCCUGUUAUAAGGGCAUGUGGAAAUCUAGAUGAUGGGAAGAAGAUACAUUGCUUGGCUCUAAAAUUGGGUUUUGAAUGUGAUGUAUUCAUUGCUGCUUCUUUGAUCCAUUUUUAUUCUCGGUUUGGCUUUGUCAAUUUAGCUCGUAACUUGUUUGAUAGCUUGAUGAUUCGAGAUAUCGGUACAUGGAAUGCUAUGAUUUCAGGGUUUUGUCUUAAUGGUAAAGUUGUAGAAGCAUUGGAAGUCUUUGAUGAGAUGCGAUUCAAGAGUGUAAAUAUGGAUUCUGUAACAUUUUCAAGUCUACUUCCGAUUUGUGCGCAGUUGGAUGAUAUAAUAAGCGGUGUCCUAAUUCAUGUCUAUGCCAUCAAGCUCGGGUUGGAAUUCGACUUGUUUGUCUGUAAUGCAUUGAUAAACAUGUAUGCCAAAUUUGGUGAACUGGGAAGUGCAGAAACCAUUUUCAACCAAAUCGAAGCGAAGGAUAUUGUAUCGUGGAACUCUUUGAUUGCUGCGUUCGAGCAGCAUAAAGAGCCAGUGGUGGCUCUUGGAUUGUACAAAAAGAUGCACGCUACUGGGGUGGUACCCGACUUGUUGACACUGGUGAGUUUGGCUUCUGUUGCUGCUGAACUUGGCAAUUUCUUAAGUAGUAGGUCUAUUCAUGGAUUUGUUACAAGGAAAGGUUGGUUUCUACAAGAUGUUGUCAUUGGUAAUGCAAUUAUAGACAUGUAUGCUAAGUUGGGGUUUAUAGAUUCAGCACGAAAAGUUUUUGAAGAACUUCCUGUCAAAGAUGUGGUCUCAUGGAACACUUUGAUAACAGGUUAUUCUCAAAACGGUUUAGCGAAUGAGGCAAUCGAUGUGUAUCAUUCGAUGAACGAUUAUAGCGAUGCAGUGCCGAACCAGGGCACUUGGGUGAGCAUUCUGACAGCAUACUCCCAGAUAGGAGCAUUGAAACAAGGUAUGAAAACACAUGGUCUGCUGAUCAAGAACUUUCUUUACUUUGAUAUCUUUGUGGGUACUUGUCUUAUUGAUAUGUAUGGAAAAUGUGGAAGAUUAGCUGAUGCAUUGUCUUUAUUUUAUGAAAUACCUCACAAAAGUUCGGUUUCGUGGAACGCCAUCAUAUCGUGUCAUGGACUCCAUGGAUACGGUUUAAAAGCUGUCGAGUUAUUUAGGGAAAUGCAAACUGAAGGAGUGAAGCCUGACCACAUCACUUUUGUAUCUCUAUUAUCUGCUUGUAGUCAUUCUGGUUUGGUUGAUGAGGGUCAGUGGUGCUUCCAAUUGAUGGGAGAGUUGUAUGGUAUAAGGCCUAGCUUGAAGCAUUAUGGCUGCAUGGUCGAUUUGUUCGGUAGGGCAGGUCAUCUCGAAAAAGCUUAUGAUUUUGUUAAAACUAUGCCGAUACGACCCGAUGCAUCUGUGUGGGGUGCGCUUCUUGGUGCUUGUAGGAUACAUGAGAAUAUAGAGUUGGCUAGAACUGUCUCGGAUCACUUGUUGGAGGUUGAGUCGAAAAACGUUGGCUACUAUGUUUUGCUGUCGAAUAUUUAUGCGAAACUUGGACGGUGGGACGGAGUCGACGAAGUGCGAUCAUUAGCUCGAGACAGGGGAUUGAGGAAGACUCCUGGUUGGAGCUCAAUUGAAAUAGACAAGAAAAUUGAUGUCUUUUACACAGGCAACCGAACACAUCCAAGAUGUGAGGAGAUAUAUGAUGAACUGAGGGAUCUAACUGCUAAAAUGAAGAGUCUUGGCUAUGUUGCAAACUAUAACUUUGUACUGCAGGAUGUGGAGGAUGAUGAAAAGGAGAACAUUCUUAUCAGUCAUAGCGAGCGGUUGGCAAUGGCAUUCGGGAUUAUCAGCACGCCACCGAAAACAACUCUUCAGAUCUUUAAGAACUUACGGGUUUGUGGAGACUGUCAUAAUGCUACCAAGUUCAUAUCUAAAAUUACCGAACGCGAGAUAAUCGUUAGAGAUUCGAAUCGAUUCCAUCAUUUCAAAGAUGGAGUCUGUUCUUGUGGUGAUUAUUGGUGACAUGUUUGGAAAUGACAUAAAAUAAACAAGAUUCACUUCA